AUGGAGGAAAUUCUUCUCGAUCUCCUGAAGAUAACAAAAAGCAGUCUAGCACUGUGUCAAAUACCUAAAAUAUGGAGGAGGGCUAAAGCAACUUUCACACCAAAAAUAGGGAAGAAAGAUGGGUCUGAUCCUCGAUCUUUUAGACCCAUUUACCUUACACCAUUUUUGUUGAAAACGAUGGAGAAACUUUCUCCGGGUCUUGUAUCCUUCUUCUUGCUCUUGUCGAGCAAGACUCUCAGUGACGACCAGAAAUACCUCCUCAACAAGGGUCUGAAGUUCUCCAUAGCACCCAAAAACGUUCCAAAAAUUGAAGUGAUGUUGGCGGCGGAGGAAACAGCACAAAGGAUACAAGACCCGGAGAAAGCUGAGGAGUAUAGGUGGAAAAUAAGAACUGCACUGGAUUCAACCACCAAGCAACCUGAAUCCAAUAUCAACAAGGCAGAACAAAAAGCCCUGAAAGAAUUGAAAUCAGACCCCAUCAUCAAAAUACUCCCGGCAGACAAGGGAAAUGCGACGGUCUUAGAAGCAGGAGAAUAUAAGAAACUGAAGAAGGACCCCACUUCAUCAGUGGAAAACAGAGUCUACAGAACCCUGCAUAAAUACAAGGAUGAAUUCCCAGAUCCUUACACAAGAUCAAGACUAACACCCCACUACAGCAAACCUCCACAUCUAUACGGUCUCCCAAAAAUACACAAGGAGAACAUCCCCUUGAGACCGAUCGUCAGCUCAAGAAAUUCCCCUUGCCACUCCUUAGCCAAGUUCCUCCUCAAGAUAAUAUCACCACUAAGAGGCCACACAACAGCAAUGGUCAAAAAUACGGAACAUUUCAUAGAAACCAUGCGCACACAAGAAAUCCUCAACCAGGACACCAUGGUAAGCUUCGAUGUAUCCAGCUUGUUCACAAAUGUUCCCACAGAUCAAACACUCGAGAUCGUGAGAAAGAAACUCGAGGAGGACCAAACAUUAGCUGAACGAACCACACUGAGCAUAAAUGCAAUUAUGGAUAUGCUCUCAGUCUGUAUCAAGACCACGUAUUUCCAGGUAGAUAACAUCUUCUACCAACAAGAAUUCGGAAUGGCCAUGGGUUCACCAUUGUCCCCGGUACUGGCAGACAUAUAUAUGGAAGAUUUCGAGGGAAGAGCAUUAGACCAAUAUGUGUUAAAACCGAAACUAUGGCGAAGAUACGUGGAUGACACAUUCGUGAUAUGGCCUCAUGGAAAAGAGACCAUCGCAGGAUUCCUAGAACACCUCAAUAACAUAGAGGAAUCCAUAAAAUUCACGAUGGAAAUUGAGGAAAAUGAACAACUUCCAUUCCUGGAUGUGCUCGUACACAAACAGGAAGGAAUUCCUCGAACCACGAUUUACAGGAAGCCAACGAACACAGGUCAGUAUCUCCACUUCGAAUCUAACCAUAACCUCAACACCAAAUUGGGAGUAGCCAGAUGCCUCUAUGACAGAGCAACUCAAAUGUGCUCCAGUCUGAACGAUAAGAACGAAGAAUUCGAUAAGAUCACAGAAAUUCUUGAGAAGAACGGCUACCCCAAGAGGAUACUAGAAAUCGCCAGAACACCGAGGGAUAACACAGAACCUCGACCAGAAACACAAACCGAAUCAACUGAAACGAUAACCACGGUCAUCCCAUAUGUGAGAGGGUUAUCAGAAAAACUAAGAAGAAUUGGUAAUAGAUACGGCGUGAGAACUGCAUUCCAAACUAAGAACACUGUCAGGGCUAACGUAACCAAGUGCGGUAGAUCUUACAUUGGAGAGACCAAACGCCCCCUGGACACAAGAGUCGAAGAGCACCAAAAACUAGCUCGACUGGGAGAAACAGAGAAAUCCAGGCUAGUCCAACAUGCUUGGGAUGAGGAACAUAGGAUCAAAUGGGAUGAAGCUUCCAUAAUAUCAAAGGAAGAAAGAUCGAAACGGAGGAAACUCAAAGAAGCAGCCUUCAUGGCUAUCACUCCGAAUCCCAUAAGUAUGCCGUCUCUGGAGAUCAAGGAAGUCUGGGCACCAAUCAUAAGAUCUGAUCUGAGGAAAUUGAACCCGGUCCAGGUCGGAAGCACCUCGACACCACCAAAUUAA